UUCAUAUAUGCAUACGCGAGAAACAGAGUCAGAAAGAGUUCCAAACUUUUCAUUCACGCAGAGAGAAUUCAAACUAUAUAUAUAUAUAUAUAGGUCGACAUGGGUAACAGUCUAAGGUGUUGCUUGGCUUGUGUUCUUCCCUGUGGAGCUCUAGACUUGAUCCGCAUCGUUCAUUUGAACGGCUACGUAGAAGAGAUCACACAUCCGGUCACGGCCGGUGAGAUCCUUGAGGCCAACCCAAAUCACGUCCUGAGCAAACCGUGCUCUCAAGGCGUUGUACGUAAAAUUUUGAUUGUCUCGCCGGAUUCUGAGCUCAAGAGAGGAAGCAUUUACUUCUUGAUCCCAGCUUCGUCGCUGCCGGAGAAGAAAAAACGUGGUAACAACCUCAGUAAGUCCUCCAAGAAGAGCAAAAAGUGCAGCAGUACUAGUGAUGUUGAUCAUGUCUCGGACUGUGAUCGUUACCUAUCGGACGUCAUCUCCGAAAAGAAACCGUCGCGUCGACGGGAUCGAAGGACUGGCCGAGUUGGAGGAGUGUGGGAGCCUCAUCUUGAGAGCAUCUCCGAGGACUUAUAAACACACUUUCUUUUUAAUUUCCGAUGCUGGAAUCCGAUCGACAUGCCCCGCCGGGAACCAUUAAAGUUGGUGUUCUGAUGUACGUACGUACGUGGUGGGGUCGUUUUGUUGUUUUGGUCUGCGUCUAAUAUAUAUAUAAUUAUAUGGCAGAUCUGGAUUCCAGUAUUUAGUAUUUACGCUGGCGUUUGCUUCACGAGAAAAAGUUAUGACAGAUCAUCAACGUGCAAAUGUUUGUACCAAAGCGAAAUUGUUUUUUACACCCUCGAGUUGUAAGUAAAUAUGUUCCUCUAUUUUCUUUUCUUUUUGAGAAGAUAUUUUCCGGAGCACAGGAAGAAAAAUAACAGGUCUGGCGACUGAUA